UGCUUUCUUUUUAUCCUCUCUCUCUUUCACUUCUUGCUCUCUCUUUCUCUCUCCUCAGUUUCUCUUUCUCUCUCUAGAAGACAAUUCUGUUCGCAUAAUGUCGGGGAGAAGGAGGACGAAGUUUAAAUCGUUACGUGAUACAAUCACUGACAGCAGAAGAGCAGCAACGGAGGUGAAAAAUGAAAUUUUGGAGCUGCAAUCCUGGUCUGAUCUCCCUGCCGAACUCUUAGAAUCAAUCUUGUCCCGUUUAACCCUAGAUGAUAAUGUUCGUGCUUCAGCAGUUUGCAAGAGUUGGCACUCUGUUGCAACUGCUGUACGCAUGGUAAACCAAUCACCGUGGCUAAUGUAUUUUCCAAAAUUUGGUGACUGGUGUGAAUUCUAUGACCCCGUGCACCGUGAGACCCAUUCCGUUGAGUUGCCAGAGUUGAGUGGAUCUAGAGUUUGUUAUACAAAAGAUGGUUGGUUAUUGCUAUACCGGCCCAGAAAUCACCGAGUGUUCUUCUUUAAUCCCUUUACUCGGGCAAUUAUCAAAUUGCCAAGAUUUGAGAUGACAUACCAGAUAGUUGCCUUCUCUUGUGCUCCAACAUCACCGGACUGUGUUCUGUUUACUGUUAAGCAUGUUAGUCCUACUGUUGUGGCCAUUAGCACAUGUUACCCUGGGGCAACAGAAUGGACCACUGUUAACUAUCCAAACCGCUUGCCCUUUGUCAGUAGCAUGUGGAAUAAACUUGUAUUUUCUAAUGGACUCUUUUAUUGUCUGAGUCUCACAGGUUGGCUAGGGGUAUUUGACUCAUCUGAACGCACUUGGAGUGUUCUGUCAGUACCUCCACCUGAAUGCCCAGAGAUUUUUUUUGCCAAAAAUUGGUGGAAAGGGAAAUUUAUGACAGAGCAUGAAGGAGAUAUAAUAGUAAUUUAUACAUGUUCUAGUGAAAACCCCAUUAUUUUUAAGUUAGAUCAGACAUUAAUGGAAUGGGAAGAGAUGAAAACACUAGAUGGAAUAACUCUUUUUGCUGGUUUCUUAUCUUCCCAUUCAAGGACUAACCUCCCUGGAAUAAUGAGAAACAGUGUCUACUUCUCUAAAGUUCGUUUUUAUGGAAAGCGAUGCAUUUCAUUCUCUCUUGAUGACCAUAGAUACUAUCCUCGUAAGCAGUGGCAUGACUGGGGAGAACAAGACCCUUUUGAAAACAUAUGGGUUGAACCACCAAAGGACUUCUCUGGGUUCACAUGAAGAAUAUUUGUGAAACAAUUUCAUGAGUUCCUUGUUACCGCUCUUUUACUAAAGCUCAUUUGGAAACAUGCCGAAGGCAGCAUCUUUACAAGCUGUAUAUAGGAGGAGGGUACUAAUAUGUGAAGGAAUCAGAUCUGUUGGGCUAAGCUAAAAUUACUUACCCACUUGAUCGUCUUGUCUCUGCUGAUCUAGAAUUUUCAAGAUUCUUCCCAACGCAGUAGUGGCAUAGUGCCUUAUGCAGAACAACUGGGUUUCAUACUUAGAUUACCAACAGAUUUAUUGACAUUUUUAUUUUGGUUAUAUGAUCUUAGAUUUAUUAUCAUGAUUGUUAUUUUGGGCAUAUGAUCUGUAGAUUUACUAUCAUGAUUGUUAUUCAUCUUUCAUUGUCUGUUUGACUGUCUACAAUUUCAAUCCUAGCUGUUUUUUUUUUUUUUUGGG